AGGGAGUUGUUCUUUAGUUUUUGCUCUUCAGGCACAGGUUAAAAUGCCAGGGAAGAAGGAGGAGGCCCUUGGCACCACUCACCUCCUCCUGGAACUGCGUUGCAUCACUUGGAAAGCAGGGCGAGAGGACACGAGGCAGCUCCUCCCGGCGCCUUUUUAACAGCUCUUGGUGAAAUGCAUGGCAAUUCCCACCACCAGCAGCCACAGAGAGGAGAUGAGCAGAGAGCAGCCAGUUCUCCUUCACCCUGACAAGAAGUGAGAAGCCAUGGGCGCGUUUCCCGCUUUCAACGCCAGCAACGUUUUGCAGGCUGGCUCCCUGGAGGACGGUGACAACUGGACAGCAGCGACCCAGUUCAGCCAGCCAGGAUGGAGGAUUGCCCUGUGGGCCAUCACCUACUCCCUCAUCGUUGUCACAUCCAUCGUUGGCAACGCCACCGUCAUCUGGAUCAUCCUGGCGCACCGCAGGAUGAGGACGGCCACCAAUUACUUCAUCGUUAACUUGGCCCUUUCAGACCUGCUGAUGUCCGCCUUCAACACCAUCUUCAACUUCAUCUACGCCAGCCACAACGUCUGGUACUUUGGGGAGGAGUUCUGCCGGUUCCAGAACUGGUUCCCCAUCACUGCAGUGUUCGUGAGCAUUUACUCCAUGACAGCCGUGGCUGCCGAGAGGUACGUGGCCAUAAUCCACCCCUUCAAGCCCAGGCUCUCUGCUGGCAGCACCAGAGCCAUCAUUGGGAUCAUCUGGCUGGUGGCAUUCGGGCUGGCCUUCCCGCAGUGCUUCUACGCCGAGAUCGCCGUGGACAACGGGGCCAUGAAGUGCAUCGUGGUCUGGCCUGAUGAUGCUGGAUCCAAGCACCAGCUGGCGUAUCACAUUGCCGUGAUUGUGUUGAUUUAUUUGCUGCCUUUAAUGGUGAUGUUUGUUGCAUACAGCAUUAUAGGAAUUACUCUGUGGAGCAGCUCGGCUCCAGGCAACCACCUGAACAGAGUCUGCUAUGAGCACCAAGUGAAAGCCAAAAAAAAGUUUGUGAAGACCAUGGUGGUGGUGGUGAUCAUUUUUGCUGUGUGCUGGCUGCCCUAUCACAUAUACUUCAUCCUGGGGAGCUUCAAGGAAGACAUCUACCAGCAGAAGUACAUCCAGCAGGUGUAUCUUGCAGUCUUCCUCCUUGCCAUGAGCUCAACAAUGUACAACCCCAUCAUAUACUGCUGCCUGAACCAGAGGUUUCGUUCUGGCUUCAAGCUCGCCUUCCGGUGGUGUCCGUGCAUAAAAGCAACAGAGAAAGACAGACUUAAACUUAGGUCCCCAUCUCUCUACCAGACAACCUACAGGAAGUCAAGAACAAGUUUCAACACAGAAACUCAGCUGAAUGAGAAAGAGAAGCCAUCAUGUACCCUCACCCAAUUAACCCUUUGAUUCCCUGCUCCUGGCUCUAUCCCCAUACACCAGGCCUGAGGCAGGGUUUUUUAUCAGAAGCAACUGUUUCCUACAGGACUUCUCUGGAUGCCAUCAGCAUUGAAGGCAGUGUGUUGGUAACACUUAUAUCCAUGUAGGUCCAAAUAUUACCCAGGAUAUGAGUUUUGCCCUCCCUCACAUCAACAACUGCAACACAGAACAGACAUCAGGCCCAGGAGGAGAAAAAAUCAGUGGAGUGAAUCUGAGGCAGUGCCAAUCAGUAGAAUAUAAAUUAUCCUCUUCUGCAUUGGGAUCUCCUGAUUUCUGUUCCACCAAGACAUCAAAUUCAGGAAAGGGGUGAUGGAGCAGAAAGGCUGGGGCUCAUGUGGCUGUGUGGGCAGCUAAGUCCCACUGCUCAGCAGCCCCAAGGCAAGUAAAGCUGUGGACCAAAGCCUGUUUACAACAAAGGCAAAUACUGACACAUCCAGACUGAGAAAUCCAGCCUGCCCUUAACAUUUUCUGAAUUCUGGGAUUUUCAUGCCUGCAAUUUCACCAGCAGAAUCAGUUCCUUAAGAUGUCCAUUGCAUGGAUUUCUAUA